AUGCCAAAUGGGAGCCUUGAAAAGUGGUUGUAUUCCCAUAACUAUUUCUUGGACAUCUUGCAGAGAUUAAACAUACUGAUAGAUGUGGCACAUGCAUUGAAUUAUCUCCACAAUGGCUACUCGAUUCCCGUGGUUCACAGUGACUUGAAGCCUAGCAAUGUUUUGCUGAAUGAGCAUAUGGUCGCACAUGUGAGUGACUUUGGCAUUGCAAAGUUAUUGGGUGAGGAGAGUACGACACUAACCAAGACCUUGGCUACCUUGGGUUACAUUGCACCAGAAUAUGGAUCGAAAGGACUAGUCUCUACAAGGUGUGAUGUUUACAGCUAUGGAAUUAUGCUGAUGGAAACCUUUACGAGAACGAAACCAUGUGAUGAAAAGUUCAAUGAAGAUUUUAGCCUCAAGCAAUGGGUGGGUAAUUCCUUACAAAAUGCAAUACUCCAAGUUAUAGAUGCCAACUUAGUAAGGCCAAUGGAUGAACACUUGACUGUGAAGGUGCAAUGUGUAGCAUCUGUCAUGGAAUUGGCUUUGAAAUGCUCUACAUAA